AUGAGCGACGAGGACGAUAUCUCGAUUACUUCAACUGCACCCAGUGAGCAGGAGUCUGAAUAUGAAGUGGAAACUAUCUUGGCUGAGUUUGAAUUUGACGAUGGCAUCAAAUAUUUGGUGAAGUGGGCCAAUUACCCUAUUGAACGAUGCACAUGGGAACCCCCCCAAUCCUUUUGCAAUGAACAGACAUUGAUCGACUGGAAUAAGAAGAAAAAGGCAAUUGCAGAAGGAAAGCGUCCAGCAUUUGAUAUUGUCAGGUUUGAAAAUCAUCUAGCUGCCCUUGAGAGGGCAAAACAUGACAGGAAGCAAAGAAGAGCCGCAAAGAGGAGACGUCUGGGGCUGGACGGACAAGAGCAAAGUCAUCCUACUGUGGAGAGCCCUCCGAGUAAUAACGUGCCUGACCCAAGGAUUCCUGAUGGUAUUGGCUCCAGUGAUAUCGAAGUCGACAGAUCAAAGGCUUCAUCCGGACAAACUCCCCGAACGAAUGCCAGCGCAGGAAGUGCGCAAGCUCAAAUUCAUCAACUUCCAAAAAGACCACCUCCCCCUAUCUUAUUCGGAACUGCCCCGGCUCCCACCCGCGCGAAAAGGAUGAACAGUUUUGAGACGCCAAAGUUGUUCAAUUUGUCGACAAGAUGGAAGUACGAGAAGGCGAAAGCUUAUGAGCCACCUCCUGAUAUGAACAAGCUGCAACUCAUUCGGCCAUCCGACUGGCCAGCCAGGACUGGGCUCGCUGCGACAACGAUAGGGCGGCACAGCGUCAGCUCACCUAGCAGGAAGAAUGACGCCAGUACCGCUAGGCUCGGAUCUCAUAAUAUGAGCUCAUCCGCGAAGGAUGGGCCAAGCUCGGCGGAGCUAGGUCCUCAUGGUGUUAGCUCGCCAAAGCAGGGUGACUUGAAUAGCGUAAAGAUUGGAUCGCACAACGUUAGCUCAUCGAAGCAAUUCAAUGCAGGUCCGGUGAAACUAGGCUCGCAUAAUGUGAGCUCUCCUAAGCCGGUUGCUUCGGGGAGACUAGGCACGCAUAAUGUCAGCUCGUCAAGCGGAAUCAAUGACACUACAUUGGAUCCAGAAUCGCAUGAUGUCGGUUCGCCAAUGGACAUUGAUUCGGAUAAUGAGACUCAGGGCCAAAUUGGCCAAAUUCGGGAGAGUUGGGCCUUGAGUUCACCGAAACGCGCACAGUAUGGGUCAUACAAGCCGAAUCGCAGCGUUCCAGAGACAUAUAGACCAAGGUGUGGUGCGGAUACGUGGAGACCUGACCGACCACAGCCAGAUAGCUGGAAUCCAGGCCAACCUUCCGGUCACUGUCUGAGACCGAAUACUGACUCCCCAAUCCAUCGCCAUGAACUCGAAGACUAUCCGAUACCCAAGCUUCCAACGAGGGAACCAAAACCAAAGGCCCACUUCGUCAACAACCGCCAAAAUUUCUGGAACCCUGGUGAGCUCCUUGUCUAUCUUUAUUACGGCCCAGAGAAGAAGGAAAUUGGUUCGGCCAGGCUAUGUGGCCUGAAUUCGGAGAGUCGAAACUGGCUCAUGUCUACCAAAUGGGGCGGUCGAAUCCAUGUCUGGUUUCAACAUACAUGUAACCUGAAAGAGUAUAAUGUCCUAUGUGAGAACACGAAAAGCAAUCAGAAGUACUCCGAUGGUUGGAUAGAAGGGUUCGAUGAUACAGAGCCGAGCAUCUACAGAAUUGGGGAAGAACUUCGUCGUAAUGAGCUUGUGGCCAUAUUAUAUCCAGCUCCAGACAACAGGAUGCAGAAGGUGUUACUUGCCUAUUCCCCGAAGUCGUCAGACUUUGCGUUUCUCAAUGCAGAUUCUGCCCAUUCUAGAAUCCCUGAAGACGUUUUCCUAAAUGUCGCAGUCCGAAGCCCGUUGCAAGGGUUUGACACCAUCACUGCUCGGCGUGAAAGAAAACAGCUUCACGCUGAGUCGCACCAGCCAGUACGCCUCGCACUCAUAACUCCCCAAGAUGCUCCAAGCAGAGCUCGGCCUACCGGAGCUGUGGCUGCUCGGCCUCCUUCUGUGGGCGUUCCUGAUGUUUCAACUCCAGGAGCUGGGAGACGCGCGAAUGAAAUAUCCAACCUUCGCAUUCGAAAGUCGACGGACAGCAAAGUCAUGACACCAAAAGCAUCUGAAGCGUUAGAGGUGACAAAACCAUUCGAUACAGCAAAUGAGUCAGUCUCAACAGACACAACUAGUGUAACCCCCAAAAUUUCAACUCAAACCCCUGGCGCACACAACUUGCAAGCGGCACCCCAGAACACACCACGAGAAUUAGAGCAUGCGAAUUUAGCCGUACAGGAUCCCGCACAAGAGACCAACGCACUAUUAUCAACACCGCAGGCUCCAUUGCCAAGACAAAGGACUACGCAACCAGCAACUGAGACCUCAUCUAUGACCUCUGAGGCUCGAACAGCGCCGGAGGCAGACCCUGGAUUUCCUUCCCGCCUGAAACCCGAUGCGAGCAUGGCUCAGUCUAUUGCAGGUGAUGUUAGAUCGCUGUCGCAGCCGUCUGAGAAUACUCUUGAUCUGGAUGCGGUCUUCAAAGAACAAUUUAGUGUCACCUAUGAUCUCUUGGCGACCGUGAACGAUGCUGAGAAGCCGACGAAGGCUCAAGUAUUCUACUUGAUGUUUCCUGCCGGGUCCGAAGUAGUGCAGGAAGACUGCGCUGACUCAAUGAAGGCUCAUGAAAGCUUUAUGGAUUAUCAUGCCCUACCUUUCAUCAAGGAGCUGAUCCAUCGAAACGUCAGCUUCUGGAGCCUUUCUUUAAGAAAGCCACUACAAUACGUUGACUACCCCACGUAUUUCCAACGUGUAUUCCCUCAUGGCGGUGUCAUCCUAAUCACAGAAGACUUCAUGCUUAGGGACCCAGACGCCACGCUCAUCAUCCUGGCGUGGCUAAAGGAUUGGAUAAAGCAGAAAUUCCCAGGGAGUUGGAAGGUCAUGUUCCGUCCAAAUAUCCUGGACUGGCUCCUCAAGCAACCUGAAUUGAAAGAUCCAUCCAGGCAGGGAAUAUGGUUGAGCAUGUAUGCUCUGAUUCUUCAAUUAAACAGUCGCGUGGCAGGCUCAGAACGGCCAGGUGCAAACAUUCUCAGCGGCGCCAGCGGUGAGCAUAAUGAAGAUCCUGUGAUUUCACUUGACGCCAUCCCACUCUAUGGGUCGCGCACCGAAGAUGAUGACGCGAGUAUACCGAAAGGCCUUACACAGGAGCAAAGGAAUACCGACCACCUUGGAGAAUUUUUCGCGGGUUGGGCAAUAGUCAACAACCACAGGUUCAGACGGUUCGUCAUGCUCACGGCAGUGAAACCUCUACCGAGAUGGGAAGCCUGGCAACAUAUUGAGAUCAGAUAUGGUGCAAAAGAUUUUAUGAAGGCCUUCAACAUCAAGUACAAGACGUACUGGGACAAAGUGAGGCCUAGGCCAGGGAAACCAGGUCUGUUGUCAGAGUUGAAAUCCCAAAACCAGAAUCCUGCCUAUACACCCCGGACACCUAGAGCGAAUGGUCCUUCAGCUGAUGAGCUGGAUGUCUCAAGGGUCAGCGGGUUUUCUCACGGCCCUUCGAGGCUGAAAUACCCUCAACCAUACCAAUGA